UCGUGUGUUUGUUAACAUGUGCAAGUGUGUGCUGGUUCUGUUUGCGUUGUUUAUUUCUUCUUAUUGUGAAGAUGAUGAUAAACCAGUUCCCGAAUACCGCGGUCUCCUCACACCAGAAUGUGUCAGAAAGUACCACGCGCUGUACAUCUCGCGCUACGUCCCCCCGCGCACCUAUCGAUACUACCACGAGGUCAACUUGCCGGCCUUGUAUGAUCAGGAGGACAGCGCUGAACGGACUGUUGAUAUUGGUUGGAGGAUAGUGGGAGGUCGGUUUGCGAGUAUCCGGGAGGUGCCGUUCCAGGUCAUGUAUGGGAAGUACUGUGGAGGGGCGCUCAUAGCACCCGAGUGGGUUAUCACAGCUGCACAUUGUAAGUCAUACGAGAAAUACGUCUACAUCGGUUCCACACAACGCAGCGAAGCAGCCCCCUUCAAGGUCUGCGCACACUUCAUCCAUCCCAUGUGGAACGUCUCCAGGCUCCACAGCCACGACUUCGAUUACCAGCUCGUACUGCUGGAGAAAGCUGUUCCUGUGACUGACAGUUCCAGGCCCAUCGCGAUUGGUAGUAUUGAUGAUGUGAAGCCAGGGAUAAUGGUGUCGAUCAGUGGAUGGGGACAUUUGCAGUAUAAGAAAAGCAAAAUGCAAGAGUACUUACGCCGCGCCUAUGUGCCUGUCAUGGCAGACGAGACCUGCAGAACAAUGCCAGACGGGAACUACGACAAGAUCACACCUAGAAUGUUCUGUGCGGGAUAUGUCAAUGGUACCAAGGAUUCGUGUCAGGGUGACUCUGGUGGCCCAGCGGUGGUGAACGGUCGUCUUGUGGGGAUGGUAUCGUAUGGUGUGGGGUGUGGUGGGGCCCAGCACCCUGGGGUCUACAGUUUGGUGCCGAUGGCCAGGGACUGGAUACGAUCUGUUACUGGACUGCCUUUGUAAUAAAUGUUAUGAAUA